AGAUAUAUUUUCCUGGCAUUAUACAUGUGGUCUACGUUCUCCGGCCGUCUGGCCUCUUUCAAAAGGCGAUUUCAGAAGUCAGUACAAAAUUUUCCAAAGAUGAAUAUCGUUUCCGUUUAGUGAUAUGUUCAGCAUUAAACGAUUUGCAUGAAUAUAUUGAGCAAAAUCAACUAACAUCGGAUAUGGGCGGUACAUUAAUUUAUUCCCAUCAUGAAUGGAUUCAGCAAAGAAUUUCAUUAGAAAAAUUUUCAAGCUUAACUCAUCAAGUAUCGGCUGAAUUAGAUAUUUUCAUCCAAGCCAUACACGAUACUGAAUUUCCGAAUUCGGUGGAAGCUACUCAAAAACUUCUCGAUGAUCAGGGCGUCGAUUAUGAAAGAUUAAAGGACGAGAUAUUAGCUGCUGCCAAGCAUGGUGAAACUUUACUAAAUAAUAUCAAAUCAAAUGAUGAGAUUAAAGAAUUUUCAGAGCGUACCGGCAAUGUUAGUUCCAUAGAACGACUUUUGGUACAACUGGAAGAGACUGAACGUCGUUUCGAUGAAUUCUGGCGUACGCAUCGAAAUCGCCUGCAGCAGUGUCUGGAAUUAAGAAGAUUCGAACAAGGUUUCAGGGACUUGCAGAGCGCUUUUGAUAAUCAUUUGAAAAAUGUUUCGGAAAUGACUGAAAUCGGCGAAAGUGUGGCACGUGUAGAUUGUUUGAUCGAACAGACUAAGACAUUUGAGCAACUCUGCAGUAAAGAUAUUGAUAAAGCAGCCGAGACUAUAAUAGCCGGCCAACAGCUUAUCGGUUCACGUGGUGUUUAUCCUUGGGAAAUUGUUCAACCCAAAUGCGAUGAAUUGCAGCGUAUUUGUGACAUUAUCAGCGAAAGAGUUAAGAAACGUUUAGAAAUUUUAAACAAGAAUCGUGAACUUAUGGAGAGAGUUGAAAAGGCAAAUGAAUGGUGCACUAAUGGCGUUGAAUUGUUAACGUCACAACGUAUUGAAAAGUGUUCAACGUCUGCUGAAUUGGCUGAACAAAGUCUACAAGAAAUACAAACAUUUAUAGCAUCAGCUAGUGAUUUUAAACUAUCUAGUCCAAGCGAAUUUAAAAAAAUCUUUUUAGAGAGUACAACACCCGAAACCAAAGCCCUAGUAUCUCAAGUUUUGCAAAGAAUCGAUGAUGUGUCGUUGAUGUGUGAUAAACGUAUUGCCAGCCUAAAAAAGUUAGCUUUAAAACCACCACGACCAGUGCAAACCGUUACUCCAGAACCAGCUGUACCACUACAACCACCUGGCGGAGCUCCAAAUUUGCUACGAAGAAAACAUAAGACUGAUGUUAUACAUGAGUUACGUCCCCGAUCUAUGGAUGGUAUUGUGGAUGCGGGAAUUUCGUUAAAUGGUGAUAACACUUGUAACAUGGAUAAUGGUGAUCAUAUACAAAAUCAGCAGGAUUUGGACGCACGACGUCUAAAGCGUGGUCAUGUUCUCACCGAACUCUUAGAAACGGAGAGAAUUUAUGUGCAUGAAAUGAGCUCAAUACUUAAGGGUUAUUGCGAUCAAAUGCAUUCAGAGGAAAUGAUUCAUUUAGUGCCGGCUAGUUUGCAAGGCAAAGAGGACAUUUUGUUCGGAAAUUUACACGAACUGUAUACAUUUCACAAUGAAGUUUUCCUUAAAGAUUUGGAGAAUUGUAUAUCCACCACAGAAUUGGUGGCUUUAUGUUUUGUGCAAAGGCGAGAUACAUUUUAUCGUUUGUAUUCGUUUUACUGUCAAAAUAUACCUCGUUCAGAACGUUUGCGCGAGACUUUGGUUGAUACACAUCUCUUUCUGCAAGAAUGCCAAAAGCGUUUAGGUCACAAACUACCGCUGGCCGCUUAUCUAUUGAAACCUGUGCAGCGCAUAACGAAAUAUCAGUUAUUAUUGAAAGACUUGUUACGCUUUAGCGAUAGCGGGAGUUGUACCAAAGAAUUACAAAAAGCCUUAGAUUGCAUGUUAAUUGUGUUAAAAUGUGUCAACGAUUCUAUGCAUCAAGUGGCUAUAACUGGAUUUCCGACCGAUCUCGCGCAACAAGGUGAACUAUUAUUGCAAGAUUCUUUCCAAGUUUGGUCCGAAUCGAAACGAGAUAUACGUUUACGCAUUAAACCGCAACAAAGGCAUAUUUUUUUAUACCAAAAAUCCAUGUUGUUUUGCAAACAAACUUCAAAACCUGGCCACAAUAAAAGCACCUAUCAGUUCAAACAUUACUUAAAGAUGUCACAAAUUGGUCUUACCGAGUCGGUGCGUGGGGACAAUAGACGUUUUGAAGUUUGGUUACAAGGACGCCAAGAAGUUCAUACUUUGCAGGCGCCAACAAUCGAAAUCAAAAAUAAAUGGGUGGCAGAAAUCAAGCGAGUGUUACUCAAUCAGUUGGAAGAAUUGAAAGGCGAAAAAAUCAAGCAAUAUGGCUUAAGUCAUCGAGGCCUAAGGCAAACCACUUCUUGGGAUACACCCAAUAUACUUCUGGGCGCAACGCAACGCACUGUUAGUUGUGAUGCCUCAUCCGAAUCAUCGAACCGUAAUUCGAACUGCAGCAGUAGUGACGAUAAUUGUAUAUCCUCAGCUAUAAUUAGUGCGAAUAGUCUAACAACAACUAAUAAUAGUACGGGUGAUAAAGACCAUAACGAAGCGUGCGGCUGGAGUUCAGAUUAUUCGAAUAGCGAGGACGAAAUGUCAACCAUUGAGGAUAAUAGUACACCGGUAGUUAUUCCAUCAUUUAUCUUCUACGGCAGUAAAUAUGUAGCUCUAGCCGACUAUGUGGCGGUGGGUCAUUCGGAAGUCUCAAUGCACGAAGGAGAUACAGUUGAAUUACUUAAAGUAGGUUGUGCCGGCUGGUGGUAUGUCCGCAUAUUAGAAAUCAAUUGUGAAGGUUGGACACCAGCGGCCUAUUUGGAAUCUGUUAAUCGUAAAUCUUCCCGAUCUUCUAGCCGUAAUCAAGAGCGUUUAAUAAAUCUUCAAAAACCGAACGAGUAAAAACUAUAUAACUAUUUACAUUCACUGAAACAAUUGCACCUUUUUUUCUCCUCUCUCUCUAUCUCUGUUACUUGCUAUCUUCCUAUAUAUAUAUAUAUAUUAAUUAAAUUAACUAUAUCUAAUCUUAAUGUUGAUAUGACGACAAAAGAUAACACUCGAAUUUUAUAAAUUUUUAUCUCAAUCACCAGCACGCUUUAUUAUAAACAAAAGAAAAAUGUGGAUCAAUAUAUUUUUUAAUCAUUACAACAUUAUAGCACCAAAUCGAUAUAACUUUUUGGCCUUUCAUAUAUAAAAUUGAACCAAUCAAAUAAGCUUAACCAAAAGAUAUUCGAAAUUAUUAUUUCUUUUUCUCUUUUUUCUAUUUAUUUAUUUAUUUAAUUUAAAUUUUUAACAGUUGUACUUAUAUACAUUCUAAAACCUAAAGAAAUGCUAACCCCUCAACUUUGUUCCAAUUGAUUUUUUUAAAAGAGUUUACUUAGAGAACAAAAUUCAUGUAAGAGAAUUUGUAAAAAAAGGAUAAAUUAAGAUAAAAUUUAAAUAUAUUGUAAAACAUUUUAUAAACGCUUUUGCUUAAAACGCUCAACCAAACAGUAAUUGAAAUGGCACAACAUUAACAUAACAUGUAAAUUAUAUUUAAUAAAUUUAACUAUUAUAGCUAAGAAUAUAGUUUGCAACUAGAGAACAAUUUAUAUAUAAAUUUAAUAAUAAACUCGAUUUUGAUUUGAUUUUAGUUUAAGUGUUCAUUUUCUUCUCAUAUGCAUACAGCAACUAAAUUAAAUUUGAUUUUAUUAGCCAUUAAUUUUACUACGAGCUUUUUCCAAAGAUUGUUUUGUUCCUCAUUGCAAUUAUUUUAUAUAUAUAUUUUAUAUAUAUACUUAUACUACGUGUUCAAAAUGUGAGACUAAUUUAAUUCCAACUUUUUUAAAUCUGUUUAUUAUUCCAAAUCUACUUCAUCGCAUUCAAAGUAAUUCCCUCUUAUACCGACUUUUUUUUAAUUUCUCGAAGCAGUUCUUAUUUUCAAUUUUCGGAACGACCUUCAAAGCUUUCUCCGCUUUAUCUUGUAUUUCUUCAAUGAAGUCAGAACGUCUCCGGAGUGAGCUUUUAAGCUUGGGGUGAAUACGUUGGUUGUGGAACGAUAUGGGUAGUUGAGUAUUUAACGAAAUGAUCGGGAAGAACCAAUUCAAUGUAAGAUGGCGCAUUAUCGUGAUGCAGAAAGCAAAAGUUAUCCUUAUCCUCAAGUCUGAUCUCCUGUAAUGAUACGCUUUACGGCCUGUUGAUAACGAGAUAACAUCUCCUGAAAGAUUUAUUAAUACCAAAAACACUGAACACACAGCCAAAUUCGACGCUCUUCCGACCCAAAACAUAAGUUAAAAUGCUGUUGGCUGAUGAUUUCGAAACGAUGGGUUUUAAAUCUUUAAUUUAUUUGACGUGAUUUUCAUCCGCACUGGAUGCUUUUCGUCUUCAACCCAUUCUCGGGCUUCUUUGAAGUUUUCCGCCGGCAAAGUCUGCUCAUCAAAGGUUCUCCGUAACGUUCUAAACGUUUCGCACAAGAAAUUUCAUCUCGCAAGGAAUAUUUAAUGCAACCUCUUUGCUUAACAAAAACCUACGUUGUAAAAAUCGGGAAGAACACAUUCUGUGUCGCACAAAAUCGCAGAUGUCUGUCACAAUGCUACUAAUAAAAAACAAUUUUAAUAUUCAAUUUACCCGCGCAAUUUAACUUGAAUAUUGGUUUAUUCUUUGAACACAAUACCCUAUGUGCAGAGUAUACGCCCAAUCCUUCUUUACUACAUUUUUAUAUGUGUUCCUUAGAAAACCGUGCGAAAAAAGUAUGUAAAAAAAUACAUGCGACAUACGGUAAAUUUGAGGCUGUGUUCAGCAAUUUAAAACAAUCGGCUAAGGAGAAACUCUAAAUAUUUUGUCCAAAAAACCGUAUACAAGAAGUAAUUAUGAAAUCAAUAUUAGGUACAUACACAAUGUAAUUAUUGCAGCUAAGAUGCAUCAAUAUUGCAAAAACUGUCACUUUAGAAGUUUUCUCAGGGUUGAAAGGCCAUAAAAACAUUAUGCUGACAAUUUUCAAGAUGUGAACACAAAUUAUUGAACAACGCAAGAAAAAGUUAUAGAAGUUUUCAAAAACAUUUUUUGUAUACAAGAGAAUAUUAAUGAAUGACUAAUGGCGUUAGCGUCCUUAAUGUCAGAUACAUAAAUUUCUUCUGAUAAAAAGUCAUAAAAGAAAUGGAUAACAUUCUGGCGGAAAUUGAACAAAGCUAAGUCAAGAAAAACAAAAGUCCUUCAAUAAAUUAUAUAUUCAAUCGGCUUCCGAUCUUUUGAUCUCGCGAGGAAUUUUUUCGAAUGCCGUUGGUGAUAAGAUGCGAAAGUCAAACCCAAAAAAUUUGUUGUGGAAAUGGAUGGAAAUAUUCUAUAAUGGAAUUAACGUUGGCAUGCAAAAAGUUCAUGAUGAACAUUUGCUGGGAAAGGUUGCGAUAAGUGACAAGGUAGACAUGACGAUAUACGACCAACUAUUUAAUUGACGCUACUUCGUACCCCCAGUACAUUCACUACUGAAUAACAUGUCUACCUAGUAGUCCAACAACUCAAAAUAUUUCUCGGAAAGUUCUGCCUAAACUGCAAAUCCAUCAAUCUGCAACUGCAAAUGUGAAAGAUAUCCGAAAGUUUUUUUCAAAAAAAUCGAAAAAAUUCAAAUAACUUGAUCAAGCUGUACAUAAAAAAGAGAAGUUAAUAAUUUCCAUAAAAGAUUUCCAAUUUUUUAGCACACACAAUAUAAAAACGUUAUAUGUUUCGACUCUAGUCUCCUUCAUUGUUCAUCGCAAGAUCUGAAACAUAAAAAAAUUCUUGUAUUUUGUAUGUGAAUACAGGCAUUGUUUUGAAAAUGUUUUUUUGUUUUUAUUUUGCAUUUGUAGCUGAAUUAUUUUUAUAACACAAUAUCUUAUUAAAUAGCGCAAGCACAGCUUUGUGUAUAUUAUAUAAAACGGGCUACAAAUAAGUAACCCAAAUAAACUUAACUAAAUUAAAGUAAAAAUCAUGUUUAUUUGAACAAAUCGAAAUUUCGAAAAAAUAGGAGCUGUUAGUAAGUAUUCUUUUGCCAAGAAAUUAUUUAAAAGGUCAUGAAUUUUGCUUAACGUACUAGUAAGAUGUGUUCAUUUUAAAAUUAUUUUUUAUACGCUGCGAUGAAAAACAUUUACAUAAAACAUUGAUAUAUCUUUUUAUUAAGCUCCAUCAAUAAGAAUCAAAAGAUGCAAUAUUAAAUAUGAUCCAUUGAUUUGAUCCAUGACCCAUUCAUUCGCUUGAUGUUAGGAUUCAUAACGAGAAUCACAUACGAAUCGUGCUAUAAAGUAUUAACAUUCUUAACUUUUUGAAUGUCCUCCUAUUAAGAGUGCCUAAAUUUGAAAUACGUAAGAUAAUUAUUUUCUAUCGUGGCAGAAUCUUUUGAAUCCACCAACGGUCUUCACAGCUUUUGGUGCAUAGUAGUGUGGACUUUGUAGGCGAGGCUUUUGAGAAAGUUACAUAAUUUUCAAAGUCCUUUGAAAAUUUUAAGCAACAGGAACAGAUAGACAGGCAAACAUGCUCAGGUGAAUAUAAUAUAAGGAUUUUCCAAGUUUGCUUGCACCCAUAGAAUAUGCUUUUUUACCUAUGGAGAUUUACCUGCUGUGGUGUUUAUGAACAAUUAGAAAAAAAACAAAUUUUUUACCCCUUUUGAAAAAUAGAGGUUUUUCUUAGUUUACGUGAUACUGUAACCUUACUCUUCGACCAAUUUGGCCGAUUUUCAUUACCCCGCCUUCGUGUAGGAACUUCCAAAGUUUCUGCAAGUCAGCUUCAUUUCAAGCUUCAUUUUUCCGGCCAGAAGAAUGUUUAAAAAAGACAUUACAGAGGCGGACGGACGUGCUUGAACCGAUUAAGGAUUUGAUGCUGAUCAAAGCCAUAUACGUUUUGUAGGGUCUCUGAAGGUUUCUUCUAGACAUUUCAAACGCUUUGGUAAAAUUAAUAUACGCUGCAUCCUUUGAUGAUGGGAAUAAAAAUCGAUACUUGAUAAAAUUGUCUACGACUUGAGAGUUAUACACCCCGCUUCUUCAAAGAGUUGUCCAAAUGGUAAGUAUAUAAAUUUCCCGCAAGUCAGAAUUAACGUAAUAAUUUCAUUUAUGGAGUACGCGCUAAAUAACUCUCAGCUCUUUUUCUGGAAGGUUUGGGGUUUGAAGUGUCUAUUAUAGCUACAUAAUGGUGUAAGUCGUUUAGAUCACCCUAUAUGAAAUAAAAUUACGCUUUUAUUAAAGUAGAAUAUUUCACAUGCACAAUAAUGAAUCAAAACUCUAUUUCUUCACUAAGAAUAAAAUUAACGCUUAAUGAUAUGGUAAUAAUAAUUUACAAAGAAAUUUUCUCACACUGGAGAGUUUUUCGAUAAUGGAAAUAAUUAACAAAUACAUACAUGAAAAAAAAGAAAUUCAGAAAAAGCGAAUAACUCAUUCAUCAGGUGAAACAAAUAGAAAGAAAACUUGAAAUAAUUUACGGCCAGUGGUAUAAAUUUGCAUUAAAAAAGUACGGAAAACUUCGGAAAACAUUAGCUAAGAAAUUUGUUUAAUAUGAGGAGGAACACUUUUUUAAGCACAUGGAAACUUAUAUGAUUAGAAACCAAUUCGAAAUAAAGUAUUUUUUUUUAAAUUUUUGGGAGACAAUGAAUCUUUUGAGAAAAUUUUCUCAUCUAUAACUUUGCAAAUAAACAAAAUGCAAAUAACAAAUCAAAAGUGGUUUGAUAAUCUCUCAACAGUU